AUGGCGGCUCCCGUCCCGGCGCACAGCUCCGGUCCCCGGCUCGUUUAGCAGCAGAGCUCCGUCCCCCCGGUGCACGGAGCCGCGGCCCCUGUUCUCUACCGACACCGCGUCCGUGCUCCUUCCGGUUCUGGUUCUGCACCGCGGCUACCGGCGGCUUUUUGACGUUUCUGCUCAGCGUUCACCGGGUAAAAUGGCGGCCUGUCUGCUGCAGUCUGCGGGCUAGCUAGCAUAGUAGCUAGCUAGUAGCACCGCGGUCCGGCUCGAAGCCAGCGAUUGGAUUAGCACCGGCGGGUUCGUUCUUCAACCCGGGUCUGCACCGGACACUGGUUCUUCAGGGUCUGGUUCACGACACCCGCACCGGGACAGCCCCUCACCACUGCCCGCAGUUAGCCACUGGGCUAGGUAGCGGGCUAAUGCUAACCCCGCGCUGCUAGCGAGCGGAGACUAUAAAAAGACUUGUGAACACAUUUGACGGAUUGUUUCUGUCACCGAGACCCGUGAGAACCGUGAGUACCGAGCCCAGAGAGCACCAUGGCGUCCGACCCUGCGGUGCUGCAGCCCCGCUGGAAGCGCGUCGCGGGCUGGACCGGCCCGGUGCCGCGGCCCCGGCACGGGCACCGGGCCGUGGCCAUCAAGGAGCUGAUGGUGGUGUUCGGCGGAGGGAACGAAGGGAUCGUGGACGAGCUGCACGUCUACAACACAGCCACCAACCAGUGGUUCAUCCCGGCGGUCUGUGGGGAUGUCCCCCCCGGCUGUGCCGCCUAUGGUUUCGUGUGUGACGGGACGCGGCUGCUGGUGUUUGGCGGGAUGGUGGAAUACGGCAAAUACAGCAGCGACUUGUACGAGCUGCAGGCGAGUCGCUGGGAGUGGAAACGUCUCAAGGCCAAAGCUCCGAAGAACGGCCCGCCCCCCUGCCCUCGCCUCGGACACAGCUUCUCUCUGAUUGGGAGCCGCUGUUACCUUUUUGGAGGCCUGGCCAAUGACAGCGAGGAUCCCAAGAACAACAUCCCCAGGUAUCUGAACGACCUGUACUGUCUGGAGCUGCGCCCAGGAUCCAGCGUGGUUGGCUGGGAGGUCCCACUGACCACAGGUCCGCCACCGCCUCCCAGAGAGAGUCACACGGCGGUGGUGACGAGCGGCCGCGGAGAAAACAGACUCAUCAUCUAUGGAGGGAUGAGCGGCUGCAGACUGGGCGACCUGUGGGUCCUCGACAUAGACACGCUGACCUGGACCAAGCCAGGCCUCAGUGGAUCCGCCCCCGUCCCUCGCAGCCUCCACUCGGCCACUGCCAUCAACAACAAGAUGUAUGUAUUUGGAGGUUGGGUUCCUCUGGUGAUGGAUGAUGUCCAAGAGGCAACUCAUGAGAAGGAGUGGAAGUGCACCAACACACUGGCCUGCCUCAACCUGGACAACAUGUGUUGGGACACAGUCCUGAUGGAUGUUCUGGAGGAGACUGUCCCCAGAGCUCGAGCAGGUCAUUGCAGUGUCUCCAUCAACUCCAGACUCUACGUCUGGAGCGGCAGAGACGGAUACAGGAAGGCCUGGAACAAUCAGGUGUGCUGCAAGGACCUGUGGUAUCUGGAGACAGAGCGUCCCUGUCCUCCCUCUCGGGUGCAGCUGGUCCGGGCCAACACCUCGUCUCUGGAGGUGAGUUGGGGUCCGUCUCAGACGGCGGACAUGUACCUGUUGCAGCUGCAGAAGUACGACAUUCCCGCCACACCUGCAUCCAGCCCCGCCCCCAACCCCGUGCCCACAGCCACGGCUCCCGUAGCAUCGGCCAACCAGUCCGUCACGCUGGUCCCCUCCCAAAUCCUCUCCAGCCCAUUGGCUGCUGCUGCGAAAGCACCAGCUGUCCUGAAGGUGGCAGCAGCUCCAGGCUCAGUGGGUGGAGCCUCCAUUGUCACAGUGAGACAGGCAACAUCUAAAUCCCCAGUUGCCGUGACAACGCUUCCUGCAGGCGUUCGUAUGGUUGUACCUUCCCAAUCUGGACAGGUGAUGCCAAUAGGCAGCAGCCCUCAGAUGAGUGGAAUGGCGGCGUUGGCAGCGGCGGCUGCAUCGACUCAGAAGAUCCCCCCCUCGUCAGCGGCGGGGCUGAAUGUCCCGGCAGGAGCCACGAUCGUGAAGACGGUGACUGGGAGUCCAGGAUCCAGCAGCCUGCCAAUCAAAGUGGCCUCUCCUGUUACCAUGGUGACCAGCCCGGCCACUCGGAUGUUAAAGACCGCUGCUGCUCAGGUGGGCGGGGCCUCAGUUGUCUCAACUCCUGGCACCCCGAGCCGACCGGUCAUCACAGUCCAUAAGUCCGGGACAGUAACUGUCUCCCAACAAACACAGGUGGUCACCACAGUGGUGGGCGGAGUCACGAAGACCUUCACUCUCGUUAACAGUCCACUCGGUGUGGGAGGAGGCGGGUCUCUGAUCAAUAACCUGGGAAAAGUGUUGUCAGUGGUUCAGUCCAAACCAGGAGCUGUUACUGGUCAGGCUGGGAGCAGCUCCAUCGCUCAGAUGAUCCAGAAGGGCGCUCUCCCAGCAGGAACCAUCUUGAAGUUGGUGACGUCUGCAGACGGUAAACAGAAGACCAUCCUCAGCACAGUGCAGGCAGGAUCCACGGCAACCAAACCCAACGUCCUUAGUGUCUCCCCGACAACCGGCAAACCUGGAACCACCUUCAUCAAGACCAUCCCAGUGUCGGCGCUGCACGGCGCUGGAGGUGGAAACAGUCCAUUCACCAUCAUCACCACUAAGGGGGUAUCGCCAGGAACUAUGGGUAAAAUCAUCACCACAAUGCCCAAGAUCACAGCAGGAGGUCAACAGGGGGUCACACAGGUGGUGUUAAAGGGAGCUCCAGGAGUACCUGGUACCAUCCUCAGGACUGUUCCUAUGAGCGGAGUCAGACUGGUCUCACCUGGAUCCAAACCUAGUGUCACCACUCUGGUUGUCAAGACAACCACAGGUGUGUCCAGUCCGGGAACAGUAACAGGAAGUGUGUCCAACACGCUGGCAGGUGGAGCCAGUGGUUCUGCCAACGCCUCCCUGGCUACGCCCAUCACCACCCUGACCACCAUUGCUGCACUUGCCAGCCAGGUUACCAAGGCAACCGCUGCUGCAGCGGUACCCACACAGGUGACUCUGAUCACAACUCCGAGCGGAGCUGAGGCUCAGCCACUGGUCCAGGAUCUGCCCGUCUCCAUCAUGGCGUCUCCGACUUCAGAAGAACCCGGAAGUGGUACAAGUACUGCGACGGUAGAAGAGACUACAGACACCGAGACAGCAGUGAUGUCUAUCUGCUCCAACCCGCCGUGUGAGACUCACGAGACGGGGACGACCAACACCUCCACUGUCGCCACAGCAACCAUGGGAGGGGACAACAGAGUGUGCUCCAACCCGCCGUGUGAGACUCACGAAACUGGGACAACCAACACCUCCACCGUCGCCACAGCAACCAUGGGAGGAGACAACAGAGUGUGCCCCAACCCGCCGUGUGAGACUCACGAAACUGGGACAACCAACACCUCCACCGUCGCCACAGCAACCAUGGGAGGAGACAACAGAGUGUGCUCCAACCCGCCGUGUGAGACUCACGAAACCGGGACAACCAACACCUCCACUGUCGCCACAGCAACCAUGGGAGGAGACAACAGAGUGUGCUCCAACCCGCCGUGUGAGACUCACGAAACCGGGACAACCAACACUUCCACUGUCGCCACAGCAACCAUGGGAGGGGACAACAGAGUGUGCUCCAACCCGCCGUGUGAGACUCACGAAACCGGGACGACCAACACCUCCACCGUCGCCACAGCAACCAUGGGAGGAGACAACAGAGUGUGCUCCAACCCGCCGUGUGAGACUCACGAAACUGGGACAACCAACACCUCCACCGUCGCCACAGCAACCAUGGGAGGAGACAACAGAGUGUGCUCCAACCCGCCGUGUGAGACUCACGAGACGGGGACGACCAACACCUCCACUGUCGCCUCCUCCAACAUGCGCCAGGCACUACAGGUUUGUUCAAAUCCUCCGUGUGAGACUCACGAGACCGGAACCACCAACACAUCCACCACAGCAACAGCUCAACAGGGCGGAGACGUUCUUCAGGUGGACUCCACAGACCCCACCACCUCUUCUGAUCCCACCUCCUCCACAGCCAAUCGGAACAGAGCUGUUACCAUGGUUACACAGUCAACGCCCACACCCGGACCAUCCAUACCUAUGAUUUCCUCUUUGGUCAAAGAAGACAGGGUUGAGUCCUCAGAGACAGAGGCUGUCGCCAUGGUUACAGGGGAGGAACCUGAGCCGACAGAUAGCCAACCAGAGGCUGCAAUUUUACAGGUUCACAUGGAGGGCACCAAGAAGGCUUCACAGGUGGCGACCACAGAUCUCCCUCAGGAGCUGAUGUCCUCAGAAGGGGACGUAGGUGAGGUGGUCCCUGGGACCCCUACCACGAUGUUGACAACAGGACUGACCCCAGAUCAGCUGUCUGCUCAGCAGGCAACAAUACAGGCAGUACUGCAGGCCGCUGGACGCAUAGGUGGAGCAGCAAACUCCGUGGAUCAAUCUGUCCCGAUCAUUCUGACUCAGCAGGAGCUGGCAGCUCUGGUUCAACAACAGCAGCAGCUACAGGACAGCCACGCCCACGCCGAGCCGCAGCCCAGCAGCCUGCCCACGGAGGGCCUUGCUCCUGCUGACAGCCUGAAUGACCCGGCAGCAGAGCUGACCUCAUCGGCAGUAACCAGCGCUGUCGCCAGAUUAGCCAGCACGUUCAGCCCCACCCCCCCUCUGACAUCAGGGCUGGCAAAGAGUCCAGCUGUUGCCACAGUGACUGAGGCGACCAAUGGCAUCGCAGCAACCAAAGAGCAGCCGAGUGUUGAGGUGAAGCCUUCGGUGAGGAACAGUCGAUGGUACGACGUUGGCGUCGUUAAGGUUACGAACAUGGUGGUCUCUCACUUCUACAUCCCACAUGACGACAACAUGGCCGAAGACGACUCAGGUGCAGUACCUGACUACAGUCAGAUGAGGAAGGUGGAGCUGCAGCCGGGGACAGCCUAUAAGUUUCGUGUUGCUGGGAUCAAUAUCUGCGGCCGGGGAGCGUUCUCCGAGGUGUCAGCAUUUAAAACAUGUCUGCCAGGUUUCCCCGGAGCGCCAUGUGCCAUCAAGAUCAGCAAGAACCUGGACGGGGCUCAGCUCACCUGGGAGCCUCCGGCGGUCACAUGGGGCACGAUCACGGAGUACUCGGUGUACCUCGCCAUCCAGUCCAGCCAUGCCGCCUCCUCUGUCUCAGGCCCGGCGCAGCUGGCCUUCAUGAGGGUGUACUGCGGUACCAGCCCGUCCUGCCUGGUCCAGGCCUCGAGCCUCGCCAACGCACACAUUGACUACACCACCAAGCCGGCCGUCAUCUUCCGCAUCGCUGCACGCAAUCAGAAGGGCUAUGGGCCGGCCACCCAGGUCAGGUGGUUACAAGAAAAUAAAGACACAAAAACAACAGUGAAGAGAGGAGGAACUACACAACCGAAACCCGUCGGACCAAAGAAAUUCAAAACGGACCAAUAGGAGGAGGCCGCCACCUCCUGAGGACGUGAUUGGUUCUCCUCGUCUUAAGCACCAUCGGUGCAACUCUGGGAAACUAACAAAAUUAAAGACUUGUAAUAUAUUUGUACAUUACCGGCCAAUCAAAACCUCUGCAGUGUCACUGAGACAGAGGGGCGGAGUCAACAGCAUUUCAUGGAAUGAUGGAAACAAUAAAGUUUGAAUUUGA